AGCCUGAAAUUUAAAAUACAAAACACUCAGGGGAGGAUGUGUGUUUGAGGAGCAUGUGAGCUUCCUAUUUUCUUUUUGCAGUCUUGAGCAACAUUUUGUUCUGUGUAGAAAGGAAGAGCUGAAGAGAGACGAUUACAACAUGUGUAGGAAUGUGCUAAUAGUGUAGAGGAGAAAGGUCACAUGAACCAACUGAACCAGUGCAACACAUGGCAGUUCAUAGUCCAGUUAACGGUACAACGGCCAUACCAUUCAGCAGGAGGCCGUCGCUCCUGGAGCAGCUCAGAGGCUGUCAGGAGGCCUGGUGUCCCAGAGCACCCUGGGAUAGGGAAGGGGCCCACACUGCAAUCUGUGGGACACCUGCAGGGAGUUUCCUAGUUGUGCAGGACUCUGCGACGUCUCUGCCCAGCCUGCUGUGUGUGUCUGCUGGAGGAGACAAUGACACCAUUCUCGAUUAUACCAUCAAAAGCACAGGCAAAGUGUUCCAGCUGUCUGAGUCUCGUCUUUCUUUCUCUGACUUGGCUCAGCUGGUGUUCUUCUACUCUGUGACCAGGGAUGUGUUGGCUGUUUGUCUGUCAAUUCCUCAGUGGAUCUACAGCGUCACCGGCAAGAACAAGGAUCGCCUCUCUCAGCUUGAACCCAAAAUGUGGCUCAGCUCACCUCCUGACCAACAGAUGGAUGAAAUGACCCAAAGGGAGCCAAGCACCGUCAUGUGCUCCAUCCAGCUGACUUCCACCAACGGGGCCCUGUGUAUCAUCAAUCCCCUCUACAUACGUGAUCAUGGAGAUGACUGGCUGACACAACGGGAGCGUACUGCGCAGUGCACCACACAGACAUCAACCUACAGGCGAGAGCGACGCCUCAGCACCACUCGGCCGUGGGCAGGGGCUGGGUUACACAAUAAACGGGCCAUCUCAUUGGACCAGGGACCCUCUCCUGCCAGUGUGGAGACUUCUGGUCUAACCAGAGCUAGAUCAGCUGAUUCACAAACCCCAUCAACACCAGCUGCCACAGCAGAGGUGGUCCUCAGGAGGCCAAGCCGGACUUCCACCUGCAGCCCCCCACCCAGAGCAAGCAUGGAGAGCCUGGAUUCAUCUCCUCCCUCCACACCUGAAACUUUAAAUUGCGCCGCGUCCGAGCUGCCGCACCGCGGCAGCCCCCUCCCUCAGUCCCCUCACAGGGUGUCCUGGAUCGAAGAUGGAUUCUGGCUGCCCCCACCCAGGCCCUCAUCCUUGCUCCACCCCCCGUCUCUGGAGCUCGACUCGCUGUCAGUCAGCAGCAUUGAGGAGGAGCAGGAGUCCCAAAUUCAAAGCCCUACACUCCACCACCCGUCAGCGCACCGUUUGGCCGACAAGGUCAUACAUCGGCUCUCUGCAGUGGGCCAAGUGCUCGGCGGGCUGGUAUGUCAGAAGAAAAGACUCUCCAAUCGUGUGCAAGAGAUGAGCGAGCGGAGAGGCAGUUCAUUUGCAGAGGCCGUGAGAGGAUUCGUGGAGGCGACGCAGAAGGGAGGGGCUGAUUCCGAUGGGGUCACGGGGUCAGAAUUCCUACAGGAAGUAAGAUCAUCACUUUCAUCGCUGAGGGAGACUCUGCUGGACUACCCAGAAAUCCAGGCGUUGUUGGACAGCAUUACUGAUCUGAGCGACUCAGAGAUAGACUCAUUGGUGGAGCUCUCCCUCCACAAAGUGGCUCUGAAGCCCGUCUCCACCCACCUCUACUCCUGCAUUCACACCUCCCGCACUAAUGAUGGCAGCUUCAAGUCUCUCCAGAGCAAUCUGCAUGUGCUGGAAAAGAAUGAGGUGGAGGAGCUGGGAGGGUCAGCAGGAGUUGGGGUUCCUGACAGCAUCAGCCUGGAGCGAAUCCAGCAGAGGUGGACGGCGAUGCAUGAAGCCUACUCCCCGAACAAGAAGGUCAAGAUCCUGCUCAAAGUCUGCAAGAGCAUCUAUGAGAGCAUGAGUACAAACUGUAGCUCAGGUACAGUAUUUGGAGCAGAUGAUUUUCUGCCCUGCCUGACAUGGGUGCUGCUCCGAAGCGAUGUGGUCACCAUACAGCUGGACACAGACUACAUGAUGGAGCUCCUGGACCCCACACAGCUACAGGGAGAGGGUGGCUACUACCUCACAACUCUGUACGCCUCUCUCUACUACAUCAGCAGUUUCCGUCCACGACUGGCAGCUCGUCAGCUCAGCGUGGAGGCCCAGCAGUCUCUUAACCAAUGGCAUCGCAGGCGCACCCUGCACUGCAACCAGUCUCGCCGCAGCAAGCAUCGACGGACCAUUCGCAGACAGAUGUGUCUGGAGACGGGGCCGCGGAACUGUGACACCGACACUGUGACUACAGAGGAGAUUGGAAAAGAAAAGGAUUGUUUUCAUCCUGAUGAGUCACAGCAGCAGAGAGACAGCAGUGCAGGGGCUCUGCAGCAGCUGAGAGAGGAGACGGAGAGAGAGCAAGGACACGAGGACCAAUCACAGACUCCUUCUCCAGGAUCAGACUGUCACCAGCAAGAUGGAACAGGAAGCAAACAGGAAAACAGACAGAAUCCAUGUGCAGCAGAAGAAGACAAACAAGCAGAAUUAAAACCGGUAGAAGAAGAAUAAGGGAAAUUAAAAAGAUGUAAAAAAUACCAAAGAAAGCUUUUCAUUAGUAUUAAUAAUGUAGUGGUGUCAAACCAUGAUGAGGAUUUUUGAGGCGAUGUGACUCCUCUGAGGGACUCCAAAUGAUUCAAGGCCUACAUUUUUAUUUUUUUAUGAUCUAACAAUUUUCUGUUAAAAAAUAAAUAAAUACAAUUUUAAAUAAUUUUUUUUUAUCCCAAUUACAAAAAACCUUUUCAAAUAAAAUGUGCAAAUAUAACUCUUUAGUUAAUCUGGCUUAAAAGACUUCAUGUUGCAGGUGAUUGUAAAUAAAUUAAACUUUAUAGAAAACAUGACAUGUUUAGACUCCCUGUGUAAAUAUAUCAGAGGAUCAGUUUUUCCCUUCAGCUGAUAUUUAACUUAUUUAUAUGUAAUAAUUGAUCACUCUGAUCACUUCAUUAUAGUUUCCCAGUUGUCAGCUGUCAGUCCACCUUUUCCUCAGAAAUGUGCUUAAGUUUCCUCAGAAACUACAGCUCAGAUUUAAUGAUACAAGAGUUAUGUUAAACCUUAUCGUCUGAUUCAUUUUGUAUUUGUUUGGAGACUAUUACAUUUCGUAAAGGGCAACAUGAACUGGAAUUAUUUUAUAUUCUGUUUAAUUUAAAGUGAAGUUAUUUUUGAUGAGUGCAUAUAUUAAAAUACAAAUGAGAAUUUGCAAAAAGACUAGA